UUGCCGGAGGGAUGGCGUGAGGGAGCUGAGGACUGGACCGCACCGGCAGCCCGGCGGGCUCCGAGCAACAAGGGCGCGGCUGCGGGCGGACCCCGGGGAGGGGCUUCGCGGAGGCGCCGCGGCCCGAGCCAAGUGGGGCCGCCCGGGCUCGGCGCGCAGCGCGGCCGGGCGGGCGGUGGCGCUGCGGAGGCGGCGGCCGAGAUCCGCGGACGCGGAGGAGGGGCCCGAGAUUGGGGCGGCCGGCGGCAGCUGCCUGGGUGACGACUGCCGGCAGCGCGGCGCCCCGAGGAGUCCGAGCCGCGGGCCCCGCCGUCGCCGCCUCUCCCGCUGUCUUCCUUUUCCUCCUCUCGCAGCCCCCGGGGCGUCAGGAAUGGGCCCCAACCGCCGUGGGCCCCGCAUCCCGCGCCACCCGUAGGCCCAGUUGCCGGAGGCCGGCCGGCCGGCUUCUCACUCUCCCUGGCCCCAGUCUAACCGUCCCCACUUCAGAUCCCCGGGAAGGAAGAUGAGGGAGACGGGCCCGGCUCUCAGCAGCCAGAGCAGCAGCAGCAGCCGCGGUCGGGGGAGGGUGUUUCGCGGUUUCCUCUCAGCCGCCAGGACAAGAUGGCAGCGGCCGCGGAGAGGGGCUGAGCCCGGGCUUGGUGGUGCCGCCUGCUGAAGCGCCUGGCUCCUUGUUCCCGGCACGGCCCCGCGACCACCCCGGACAUGCUCAGGGCUGCGGCCGCCCGAAGAGGGGAGAGCGCGGGCCUCUAGGAAGGUAUGGCCUCACAAGUCUUGGUCUACCCACCAUAUGUUUAUCAAACUCAGUCAAGUGCCUUUUGUAGUGUGAAGAAACUCAAGGUAGAGCCAAGCAGUUGUGUUUUCCAGGAAAGAAGUUAUCCACGGACCUAUGUGAAUGGUAGAAACUUUGGAAAUUCUCAUCCUCCCACAAAGGGUAGUGCUUUUCAGACAAAGAUACCAUUUAAUAGACCCCGAGGACAGAACUUUUCGUUGCAGACUAGUGCUGUUGUUUUAAAAAAUACUGCAGGUGCUACAAAGGUUAUAGCAGCUCAAGCUCAGCAAGCUCGAGUGCAGGCACCUCAGAUUGGGGCGUGGCGAAACAGGUUACAUUUCCUAGAAGGCCCCCAGCGAUGUGGAUUGAAGCGCAAGAGUGAGGAGUUGGAUAGUCAUAGCAGCGCAAUGCAGAUUGUCGAUGAAUUGACCAUACUUCCUGCAAUGUUGCAAACCAACAUGGGAAAUCCAGUGACAGUUGUGACAACGACCACAGGAUCAAAACAGAAUUGUACCACUGGAGAAGGCGACUAUCAGUUAGUACAGCAUGAAGUCUUAUGCUCCAUGAAAAAUACGUAUGAAGUCCUUGAUUUUCUCGGCCGAGGCACUUUUGGCCAGGUAGUUAAAUGCUGGAAAAGAGGGACAAAUGAAAUUGUAGCAAUCAAAAUUUUGAAGAAUCACCCUUCUUAUGCACGUCAAGGUCAAAUAGAAGUGAGCAUAUUAGCAAGACUUAGUACUGAAAAUGCUGAUGAAUAUAACUUUGUACGAGCUUAUGAAUGCUUUCAGCACCGUAACCACACUUGCUUAGUCUUUGAGAUGCUGGAACAAAACUUGUAUGACUUUCUGAAACAAAAUAAAUUCAGUCCUCUGCCACUAAAAGUGAUUCGGCCCAUUCUUCAGCAAGUGGCCACUGCACUGAAAAAAUUGAAAAGUCUUGGUUUAAUCCAUGCUGACCUCAAACCAGAGAAUAUUAUGUUGGUGGAUCCUGUUCGGCAGCCAUAUAAGGUUAAAGUAAUAGACUUCGGGUCAGCCAGUCAUGUUUCAAAGACUGUUUGUUCAACAUAUCUACAAUCUCGGUACUACAGAGCUCCAGAGAUAAUAUUGGGGUUGCCAUUUUGUGAAGCCAUAGACAUGUGGUCAUUGGGAUGUGUGAUUGCUGAAUUAUUCCUUGGAUGGCCGCUCUAUCCAGGAGCCUUGGAAUAUGAUCAGAUUCGAUAUAUUUCUCAGACUCAAGGUUUACCAGGAGAACAGUUGUUAAAUGUGGGUACGAAAUCCACAAGAUUUUUUUGCAGAGAAACAGAUAUGUCUCAUUCUGGUUGGAGAUUAAAGACACUGGAAGAACAUGAGGCUGAGACAGGGAUGAAGUCUAAAGAAGCCAGAAAGUACAUAUUCAACAGUCUGGAUGAUAUAGCGCACGUGAACACAGUGAUGGAUUUGGAAGGAAGUGAUCUUUUGGCUGAGAAAGCGGAUAGAAGAGAAUUUGUUAGUCUGUUGAAGAAAAUGUUGCUGAUUGAUGCAGACUUAAGAAUUACUCCAGUUGAGACUCUGAACCAUCCUUUUGUUAAUAUGAAACAUCUUUUAGAUUUCCCUCAUAGCAACCAUGUGAAGUCCUGUUUUCAUAUUAUGGAUAUUUGUAAGUCCCACCCACAUUCAUGUGACCCAAAUAAUCACAACAAAACUCCACUUUUAAGACCAGUUGCUUCAAGUAGUACUGCUACUCUGACAGCAAAUUUUACUAAAAUUGGAACUUUAAGAAGUCAGGCAUUAACCACGUCUGCUCACUCUGUUGUGCACCAUGGAAUACCCCUGCAGGCGGGAACUGCACAGUUUGGUUGUGGUGAUGCUUUUCAGCAGACGUUAAUUAUCUGUCCUCCAGCUAUUCAAGGUAUUCCUGCAGCACAUGGUAAACCCACCAGUUAUUCAAUAAGGGUGGACAAUACAGUUCCACUUGUAACUCAGGCCCCAGCUGUGCAGCCACUACAGAUCCGACCAGGAGUUCUCUCUCAGCAGACGUGGUCUGGUAGAACACAGCAGAUGCUGGUACCUGCCUGGCAGCAGGUAACACCCAUGGCUCCUGCUACCACUACACUAACUUCUGAGGGUGUGGCUGCUUCACAAAGGCUUGGAGACUGGGGGAAAAUGAUUUCACACAGCAAUCAUUACAACUCAGUGAUGCCACAGCCUCUUCUAACCAAUCAGAUAACUUUAUCAGCCCCUCAGCCAAUUAGUGUGGGCAUUGCACACGUUGUCUGGCCUCAGCCUGCCACUACCAAGAAAAAUAAAUUGUGUCAGAACAGAGGUAUUUUGGUAAAACUAAUGGAAUGGGAGCCAGGAAGAGAGGAAAUAAAUGCUUUCUGUUGGAGUAAUUCAUUGCAGAAUACCAGUAUCCCACAUUCAACAUUUAUUUCUCCAAAGAUAAUAAAUGGAAAAGAUGUUGAGGAAGUAAGUUGCGUAGAAACACAGGACAAUCAUAACUCAGAAGCAGAGGCAAGAGAUUGCUGUGAAGCGUCUGUCAGACAGGACUCUGAUUCAUCAGUUUCAGAAAAGCAGCGGCAAACCAUCAUCAUCGCUGACUCCCCGAGUCCUGCAGUGAGUGUGAUCACUAUCAGCAGUGACACUGAUGAGGAAGAGACUUCGCCAAGACAUUCACUCAGAGAAUGUAAAGGUAAUCUAGAUUGUGAAGCUUGCCAGAGCACUUUGAAUAUUGAUCGGAUGUGUUCAUUAAGUAGUCCUGAUAGUACUCUGAGCACCAGCUCCUCAGGGCAGUCCAGCCCAUCCCCUUGCAAGAGACCGAACAGUAUGUCAGAUGAAGAACAAGAAAGUGGUUGCGAUACUGUUGAUGGCUCUCCAACGUCAGACUCUUCAGGGCAUGACAGUCCAUUUGCAGAGAGCAGUUUUGUGGAGGACACUCAUCAAAACACAGAUCUGGUAACUUCUGCUGACACAGAAAACAAGCCAGCUGUCUGUACUGUUGUGGUGCCACCAAUGGCAAUAGAAAAUGGAUUAAAUGCCGAUGAGCAUAUGGCAAAUACAGAUUCUACCUGCCAGCCAUUAAUAAAAGGACGAUCUGCCCCUGGAAAAUUAAACCAGCCUUCCACAGUGGGUAAUCGUCAGCAAAAAUUGACAUCAGCAUUCCAGCAGCAGCAUUUGAACUUUAGCCAAGUUCAGCACUUUGGAUCUGGGCAUCAAGAGUGGAAUGGAAAUUUUGGGCAUCGAAGACAGCAAGCUUAUAUCCCUACUAGUGUUACCAGUAAUCCAUUCACUCUUUCUCACGGAAGUCCUAACCAUACAGCAGUACAUGCCCACCUGGCUGGAAAUACGCACCUUGGAGGACAGCCUACUCUGCUUCCAUACCCAUCAUCAGCUACCCUCAGUAGUGCUGCACCAGUGGCCCACCUCUUAGCCUCUCCAUGUACCUCAAGACCUAUGUUACAGCAUCCAACUUACAAUAUUUCCCAUCCCAGUGGCAUAGUUCACCAAGUCCCAGUGGGCAUAAAUCCCCGUCUGUUACCAUCCCCAACCAUUCAUCAGACUCAAUACAAACCAAUCUUCCCACCACAUUCUUACAUUGCAGCAUCACCUGCAUAUACUGGAUUUCCAUUGAGUCCAACAAAACUCAGCCAGUAUCCAUAUAUGUGAAAAAAACAAAAACAGUAUAUUGAGGAAGCUCAAUGAUACAAACAUAUGAUUAAAAAUAAAAACAUGGUAUUUAAUAAAAAUUAGCCAUGGCACAAGAAAAUUAUUUUUGAAUCAUGUAGACUUGGGUGCAAUUUAAACAACUUUGAGCUUUAAAAAUCUCACUUUUAAUGUGUUUUGCACAUUUGGUAUAACUUGUCUUUGGUCAUGUUAUCUUCUUAUGUAGUAACUCUAGACAGGUGACUUAUGGGAGCAGAAGUCCAGUUUUGCUCCUGCUAUUUUUUAUAAAAUUGCCUUCUAACUAGUGCAAGACACGUCCACAUUUGGGAAGCCAUUCUGUGUACAGACUUAGAGCAACAGAUGCACAUAUGUCAGAAUUACAGCAUACAAGUGAAUUGUAUUAUCUGUGUCUUAGUGUAUAAAUGUUGGGUCACUUAACCUGAGAAAUUGAACUAUUGUUCUUUACAUUUGCAUGUGUCUUUUGCAUGGGCAAAAUGUUGCCUAGACUUUGCUCUUAAUGUUGUUCUAAUAAUCUCAGCUGCAUUGUAAACCGUUCCCACACAUAGUGCCUUAAAUAUUUGAGGUUGUUAAUGUUAUUACCUAUCUAUAAAUGUUGAGGACUGCAGCACUUAAAAUUCAGACCUACUCUUUAGUUUUCUUUCGAUAGAGUAAUGUUCAUUUUUGGUUUUGUGUGGUAUGAUUUCAGAUAGUAGCUGUUUUUUUCCUUAUUAAGAGGGCAGCAUGUUUGCUAUAGCUGAAUUCUGCUGUCUGAUUUUUCAGAAUGAUCUAGCUUCAAGAAAAGCAAGCAGUUAGUAGUGCUUAAGAAAAAUUGAUACAGUACCUAAUGGAUAGUUGAUAACUGUCACAGCACAGCAUUUUAUAUACUGUUAAGUGAAACUGCAAUACAAUCUAAGUUUAUUUUGGAAGUGUUUGCUGUAUAAUUGGACUUAAUAAAAUGUUUAGAGGUGCAGUAGGCAUGACAUUGAGUAGAUAAUGAAAGAAAAUGCAAAAUGCUCAUUGAUUCAUGACGUGGUUUCAUCUUAGCUUGGGCAAACCAUGCAGUAUUUAAUAAAUAGUAGCAGAAUAUUUACUAUUGAAGCUUGAAAAGAUGUGAGUUCUUUGUGUGCAAUUUUUCAUUUAUGCAUGUGAGAGGGUUUUUGUUUUUUUGGUUAUUUUUUAUAGUAUUUUUACAUUGUAGUACUUGUUUUGCUUGUUGGUGGUGUUGCUUAUUUAAUACAUUCCGUCAGGGACAGAAAUUACAUGCUUUUUUUCCUAGGAAGUGUGUCUUGGGUUCCCUCCCCCCUUUUUUCCCCUUGGUGGUGAUGGUGGUGAUGUUUAAAUGAAGUUGCUUUUACAGCACCAAAGACUUAAUCAUCCAUUUCCUAUAUAAAAGGUAGCUACUUUUUGCAUAGACCUCAAGUAUAUUGUAGUGUAGAGGUGGAAUUUAAGGAAAGGUAUUAAACUGAGGCUGUGUUUUAGCUUACAGACAAGUAAUAAAUUGUAUCAUUUAUCUUGAAUGUAUCAUAGAUAAGCUGCUAUAUAACGAUUGCCACUUCAGAUAGCUGUGAAAUUAGGUGAUUAACUAGUUGUUAUUUAGCCUUCUAAUUUCUGUAUAAGUCUAAUUACAUGAAAUAGAAGUUGGGGUUUUGAUUUUUUACUUUGCUUUUCUGUUUGAAGUGUCAUUGUAACUACUGUAUUGUAAAUGAUGGAAAAUAAUUGCAUAUGUUAUUUUGGGGUGUGUUAUUUGCAUCAGUAUUUUAUCUCUAUUAAUGUUUGUGCUCAUCACUGCAUAUAAAAAACUUGGAUGUAUCAAUGUAACUUAAUUUUUUAUUUUCAUACUGGCAUUGUAGACACUUGAGAAAGCUGUAUCUUGCAGGCUUGACUUAACUUUUUUUCCUUAAAAAUCUGGAACAUAAUCUUAAAGCAUUUACUGGAAUAAACAGUACGAAGCAUUUGAGUAUAAAACUCCAAAUGUUUUGGAUUUACAGCGUUUCUUUAAUAAAUGAAUUGCAUACCACUA